AAAGCCAUGCAUGUGAUUACCAAACUUUCUCUUUAUUAAAGCAGAUAGAGGACAUUAUCUUGAAAAUAUCCAUGUUCUUGUGUCUGAUCCCUUUUGUCCUGCUGAGUCAUGCAAGUAAGAGUUAAGCCCAAUAUCAACCACCUUUAGCCCUACAAAUAGAGUUCCAAAUGAAAAAUGCAGGCACCAAUCAAGCAAAAUCUCUCUGCAGACGAGGUUCAUUGCAAUUGCAGUUGCAGAGUGCAAUACUAGGUAAAAUCAUGAAGAAUCAACUCUCUAGUCAAGUGAUCCAAAAUUCAAGAUGCUCAGCAGCAUAUUUACUUGAUAAAUCAAGAAAAAGAUUAUUGCAGAAUAGUCAUUCAGAUGAAUAUCCCAAAGUUGAAAAAGGUGGAGUGGAGUCAUUGAUCAGUAGGAAAUACAGAUUCGGCAUAAAAACAGACAAUUUUGCAAAAGGCAUCCGAGAGCAUGUUAGAUUGGCACCAAAGUUAACAGAAACGGUCAAGGGGAAGUUGAGCUUGGGGGCAAGAAUUCUUCAAUUAGGUGGAGUGGAGAAGGUGUUCAAGCAGCUUUUCAGCGUCACCGAUAGUGAAAAAUUGUCGAAGGCUUCUCAAUGCUAUUUAUCAACAACAUCAGGUCCAAUUGCAGGUCUACUUUUCAUUUCUACGAAUAAAGUUGCUUUCUGCAGUGAAAGAUCAAUCAAAAUUCUUUCUCCAACAGGAAAGCAACUCAGAAUCUAUUAUAAGGUUUCAAUCCCGUUGAGAAACAUAAAGAGAGCAAGUGCAAGUCAGAAUUUGGAAAUACCAUCACAGAAGUAUAUGGAAGUAGUUACACAGGACAAUUUUGAGUUCUGGUUCAUGGGAUUCUUAAAUCUCCGAAAGACCUUAAAGUUUCUUCAGCAGGUGAUAGCAUCUCAAGCUCAGUGACUAACAAAUGUUGGUGAAGCAUCAACAAGCCUUUACCCUCUUUUUUCUCUUGAGGUGUAUAGAUUGUACAUGGAAGACAGCCGUGAUGAUGAAAAUCUACUCUGUUGAUAUUGUAAUGCAGGGUUACCAAUUAUUAUCAAAAUUGUAAUCCUUUUAUAAUUACUGAAGUUUUUAGAGCAUGAUAUUUGUGAUAAGUGUACUGCAUGGAGCAUCAAUCACCUUACCUUUCUGUGAAGAUUACAAGCAAUAUCAUAAAAUGGCUUUGCUCAUACACGAUUGAUUGA